AUGGAUAUGAUACAACAGAUGAAACACUUGAAGACAUCACUUGAGAGCGCAAAUGAUGGCAACAAAGACAACAAACAACAGCCACAAAUGUAUGCGAAGAACUCAAUGGACAGAUUCGGUGAUGAUUUGUGUGCACUUAUAGUGUCUUAUCUCUCACUCGAAGAUCGGUUUCGCUGCGAAUGUGUGUCCAAACAGUUCCAGAGGACAGUCUUCGGGAGUGUUGUGGACAUCACUCUUAACGAGAAGACUCUCUAUAAGAAAUUAAAUUAUCAAAUAUUAACGAGAAUUGCUAUAAAGUGUCCAAACAUUCGCAGCAUUGAAAUGAAAGCAUUGAAAAGCAAAUAUUCUGUGGAGAGUCUGAAAGUGUUGGACAUAUUUCGAGACAAUUGCCGGCAUUUGCGGCAAAUUUACUAUAAUUUUCGCAAAAUUAUCGGUGAAUUUGAAUCACUUAUAACUGGAAUUAAUUCCGCGAAUGAAAACCAAUCACUCGAUCGUUGCCUACAAUUGUCUCGAUUACGGGUCAACUCGUUGUCCGACGUCUUCCACAUCUCUUCUGCAGAUGUUUCACAACAACUAUUGGCUAAGAAUUUGCAUAAAUUUUCAUUCAAUUAUAAAUCAAGUGAUAAUAAUGUACUGUUGUCUGCAUUUGUGGCACACAAUCAGUCCCUCAAAAGUCUUGUAAUUGUUAUGUCAGAUGAAAAUCACGAAACUUUGACCGAAAUGUGCGGACAAUUGUCACGAUUAACACAAUUACGGGAAUUGAAUUUCAAUAUAACUAUAAUGAAUGGCGAGAACUCAUUGUCUGACUCUUUGCGCACAAUUGGCUUAAACUGCAAACAAUUGCAACGAUUGACACUCGGAUUGAUGACAAGUUGUGAGCAAAUAAGUGAUCAGAUAUUGAUUUCGUUGGCAUUCUUUUCCCGAUUAAAACGAUUGGAUUUAACACUCUUUGCGGCCAUCGAUCACAAGUCUUUGGAACCGUUGAAACUCUGCCACCGAUUAACACAUUUAACACUCUAUUUACACAGUAAUGACAUUAAUUUUGAACAAAUUAGUGCCAAAUAUUUGCCACGAAUUCAAUACCUAUCCAUUAUUAGCCCUAAUCUUCUGAUAAAGAAUAAGGCUUUGAAGGCUAUAUCAAAACUACUGACUCUGAAAUCACUGUUAAUCAUGUCUUCAUCGAACUCAUCGUCAGGAAGCGGUGCCCUCUCGGCCUCAAUCAGGUUUGCCUCGAGUUUCUUCUGCCACUCGGCAGUGAUGACGACCUCCGGCGGCGCCAACAGUGGUUCCGCCACUAACUCCAGGUUCGGGUCUCCGAUCAGCUUUCGGGCCAACCAUAGGAACGGCUUCUCGAAGUUGUAA